UCACGUGACGGGCGAAUCCAGGAAGUGUUGUGGGUCCCUAAACGCGGAAGUGUGGAUUAGCAUUAGCAUGGGCUGCUAAAAUAAAACCUUAAAAGUGGUCAAGAAAGCAGAACAAAGUAUAGUCAAGCUUCAUCCAACGGUUUUAUAAAGACAACGCACAGCCCAAUAAUCCCGCACGUCAUCCGUUGCUCGCCGCUGACCUGAGAUCAAGAGGGAUCGUUAGGUUCGGUCCGCUCAGCCACCACCAGUGCCUGCGUCUGUGUCUGGGAUAGGGUCAGUGUGUGACAACCCACCAAUAACAGCGUCCGUCCAUGGCGGCCAGCAGGCCCAGUGCCACCUCGGCAACCAAUAAGAUCUUCCAGUUCAAGCUGGUCCUGCUCGGGGAGUCAGCGGUAGGGAAGUCCAGUUUGGUGCUGCGCUUCGUCAAGGGACAGUUCCAGGAGUACCAGGAGAGCACCAUCGGAGCGGCCUUCCUCACCCAGACGGUAUGUCUGGACGAGACGACGGUGAAGUUUGAGAUCUGGGACACGGCGGGCCAGGAGCGCUACCACAGCCUGGCGCCCAUGUAUUACCGUGGAGCGCAGGCCGCCAUCGUGGUCUACGACAUCACUAACGCGGACACGUUCUCGAGAGCCAAGACCUGGGUGAAGGAGCUGCAGCGGCAGGCCAGCCCCAACAUCGUCAUCGCUCUGGCCGGGAACAAGGCCGAUAUGUCUGACACCAGAGCUGUGGAGCACCAGGAGGCUCAGGUCUAUGCUGACGACAACAGCCUGCUGUUCCUGGAAACCUCCGCCAAGACUGCCCUCAACGUCAACGAAGUCUUCAUGGCCAUUGCAAAGAAACUCCCCAAGAGCGACCCGGCGGCGGGGGGGGGGAGCGCGGGCCGGACGCGGGCAGGGGUGGACCUGCAAGACCCCCCGCCCUCCGGCCGCGGCGGGCGCUGCUGCGGCGGCGGCGGCAACUGAUGACGUAGCUGGGCGACCUGAAGGACUACAGAAAGACCCAGAUCUCCAGAGGGAGGAGGAGGAGGAGGAGGGGGGAAUGAAGAGGCCGCCCCCCCCCCCAUCCCAGAUGAGAUUAUCUGAUCCCCUCACCACACACACACACACACACACCUUUCUGAUCAAAGGAACGUUUUUAAAGAAUCAUAAGCUAGAGGGAGGUUUCCCAGAAUCCCUCACUCCGCAGGAUAUCUAGCCCGUCUGUGUGUCUUCGCCCGGCCUCUCCGUCUGUCUGUCUAUCUUUCUGUAACUUCUAUGUUUCAGAUGGUUGACCUGUUUAGGUGAACCGUCGUUCUGCCUACCUGUUCCACACUGCCUUGCUGGCUGUCUCAUUUCUGCCUGUCUGUCUGUCUCUCUUCACCUUUUAUGUUUGAGAUUAUCGACCGGUCUUACAAUUUUAAAACAAUGAUGCCUGUAUGUAGUUUUCAUGCCUUUUUGUAGCUGUGCGUGCGUGCGUGUGUGUGGUGUGUGCAUGCGUGCGAAAGGCAGUAAGUCAAUCGUACUCUUCCCGCUUUUGAUUCAAUCUUCCAGAUGUAAAAAUCACUCUUUCUUCUCUUUAUUCUCACUGAACAUACGAACACCAGAAUAAAGGGAUUGUAAUUUCAUAAUCUCUGCAUGCUGGGGCGCUUCUUGGCCACCAGGGGGCGCGAUUGACCCAGAAUUCGAGCGGUGCGUUGACGCAGUACAACCUACUACGAGUACAACGGUCGUGUUCGGUUUCAGCUGUUAGACACCAGAAUAUAUAUAAUAUAUAUAGGACCAAAAAGUAAUAAAAACAUGCAACUUUUCUUGACUCAUA